UUCUCGCUGUUUUCGUGUGAAAAAUCAACAGAAAUUUUCCGUGAAAAAUUUGUGAAAUUCAGUGCGGGAGUUUCGCGAAUUCGUUUCACAAAUGACGACCGCUGAAUCUGUUGAUCCGGUGCUCACAGCGAAGCAAGCACUGAUGCUUGCUUUGGGGGAAAAAUGGCCUCUCUAUCUCGCCAACAUGAAGCUGUGGUUUCGGAAAAAGUCGACAAAAGAAGAAUUUGAUCUCGAAUGCCGCCGGUUGUUCAGUGCCGACCAAAUGCACCUGCAUAACCGAUUCCUGUUGGCCAUGCUAAACAAAAUUGAUGCGGUAUCACCACCGGCCAGUGUCCAGGGCUAUUCCGGCGAUGGAAAAUCCAGUUCGGGUGGCAAAAGCGGCAGUGGCAGCUCGUCCAAAAAGCGCAAACGGUCCUCGAAAACAUCGUCGGAUCGUUCAACCUUCGAACCGGUUUCGGUGCACGAGUACAUUCCGAAAGAACUGGUGGACUACGAGCAAAUGGCAAACCAAAGUGCAGCGGUUCCGACGAUUCGUUACGCAUCUCAGGAGCUAUUUCUUCCCGAUAAUGGGUUGGUUUUGGGCCGUCUGCUGGUGGGGGCUUGGGAGAAUGGUUUGACCAACGUCGAUGAUAGCGCGGUCGAUAUGGUAGUCCAGUCGGUUCAGGUGCUGCUUAAGAACAUUUUGACGGCGAUAAUUUUACGGCGGAAGCACUACCGGACUUCUUCCAAUGGGACCUUUUUGUACGACGUUGGCCAUCAGCUGCCGCAUCCCUUUGUACGAAAUACGGUUACCAAGCAAAAGGUUGAUGACGAACCGAUGGAGCUGGACAAAGAAAUUACCACCGUUUGCUAUCUGAAGCCGGCGGCCGGGGAGUCGCAAUUUUUGGCUUCAUGCGGAGAACCGUAUCCCAACCAGAAGCGUAAGAUCACCGUGUACGACGUCUACAAGACGCUGCUGAACCGGAACGUCAUAUCGUCCCAUUCGGUGUACUCGAUGAACAUGGAGCGGAUAUCCAGUUUGCUCUCGUAGAAUACGCAUAGGUUUGUCAUUCAACUCGCUUCGGUGCUCUCGUUAUAAAGUAGGUAAGUACCUAGGUAUUUUUAGAAUUUAGUUCUGUUUAUUUUUUCUAUACACAUCAUCAAAUA